GUUCACGGGAGGAUACAGUUCCAUGUCGGUGAGCAAGCUGAUACCGAUGCGCGGAGAAAGACGUGAAAAGAACGGCGAACACGAGGACGUAUCCUAUUAUACUGUAGUAAAUUUUUCUUAUUGCUCCAACUAUAAAUUGCUGAAAUAAGAGGAAGAAGGAAGAAGAGGAAGAAGGAAGAAGAGGUAGAAGAAGAAAAAGAAGAUAAUAGCACCAUUUAUUGGUGACGCUCAAAUGCGCCUCAUUUGAUAGAGAAAGACAGACAAAGAAAGAGAGAGAAAGAGAGAGAGAGAGAGAGAGAGAGAGAGAAAGUUCAAGUAAAAGAGGGAGAGAAAGAUUUUAACACAGAGAGACAGUUGGGCUUCCCCCAUAUUUUCCUCUCAAUAUAAAUAUAUGUGUGUAUAUAUAUAUAUAUAUUUAUAUAUAUUUCUUAACUGCGUAGAAAACUAGUUGAAAGAAUUUUGUUUUUAUACUCAAAAGAGAACAUUGUGAGAUCCGCUCGUGAAAGAAAAAGUUAAAACGGCGAGAGUAUGUACAAUAAGUGAAAGUAUAAAUAGGAGUCUACAUAUAGUAUCAUAAAAUUUUAUACAGUAAAAGAAUUGAUCGAUCGUUCUUUUGAUAACAAGAAGAUAAAUAUUUUUAAAAGAGUAUUGAUCAUAUCAACGUGUAACGAAUUGUAUGAUUCGCAAAACGUCGUUUUUUUCGAAUUGAUCAUUAUUAAAAUGAUCGAUGUAUUUCUUCAAUCUGACAUAUUUUUUACACGUUAAAAGUAUCGGUAUGGGUACCCUACAACAGCAAUCAAUUUUGAAAGGUCGUCAAGUAAAUAGGAACGAAGAGGUGGAAUUACUUCAUAAAUUAUUCAGCGAAACAGCAUGUAGACAUGUUGAUGAUAUUGCAAUCAUUUUCGAAGAUGCUAACGGCGAGGUACGAGAAAUGACCUACAAAAAAUUAGACAAAUUAACGAAUCGAUUAGCAAGAGCAUUAGGAAAAUAUGCUGAGAAAAUUAAAAUUGAUAGUCAACCAUUGGUAGCCGUUUGUAUGAGGCCAACUGAAAAAUUACCAAUAAUUUUAUUAUCGAUAUUGAAAGCUGGCAUGGCUUAUUUACCUUUGGACCCUGAAUUCCCAUCGACUAGGUUGAAACACAUCUUGCAGGAGGCUGAACCAAUCAUAGUGAUCCUCGAGAAGGAAGCUGACACAUCAUUGUAUGCUGGGACGAUAACGAAAAUUUACGAGCAACUAUUCGACGAGGCUCGAAUCGAAAAUGACGACAUUUUGGAAUACGAAAAGAAUUCAAAACAAUUGGCGAUCGUACUCUAUACUUCCGGUAGUACAGGAACUCCAAAAGGUGUCCUGAUACGUCAUUCAACAAUUUUGAAUCGAUUGAACUGGCAAUGGCGAGAAUUACCUUAUUGGACGAACGAGAAUCGUUGCAUCUUUAAGACGGCUUUAACGUUCGUCGAUAGUGUGCCAGAAAUUUGGGGUCCAUUAUUACAAGGUCGUACAUUGGUCGUCGUUCCCAGGGAAGUAACGAAAAAUCCAGAAAGAUUCGUACAAACUUUGGAAAAGCACAAGAUUCAACGACUGGUCUUGGUUCCAUCUCUCCUACAAUCUAUGCUGAUGUAUUUUAAAUUACAGAAUAAACAAAACUCCCUGCCUUCUUUGAAACUUUGGAUCUGUUCUGGUGAGACGUUAUCGAUUUCCUUAGCAGACCAGUUCUUUAUAACCUUUCAUGGUGAUAAUAAGAUGCUGGCAAAUUUUUAUGGUAGCACCGAGAUCAUGGGAGAUGUCACUUACCAUAUAAUGCACAGUCGUAACGAUCUAGAGAUAUCAGAGAAAAUACCCAUCGGCAAUCCUUUAGAUAAUUGCAUGGUCUAUUUGGUUAACGAGGAUAUGCGUUUGGUACUUCAAGGAGAAAUCGGCGAAUUACUAGUAGCUGGUAGAAAUUUGGCGGCUGGCUAUUUGCGAGAUCGAGAAUCUCAUCGAUUUAUGGAUAAUCCAUAUGCGAUCGAUCCAGAAUACUCGAGAGUUUUUCGGACCGGUGAUUACGCAAAAAUUGUCAAAGGAACGAUGAUAUACGAAGGACGUGUCGAUUCUCAAGUCAAAGUUCGGGGUCACCGGGUUGAUCUUUCCGAAGUUGAAAAAAUUGUAUCGAAAACCCCGGAAAUCGAUAAGGCCGUAGUACUUUGUUACAAGCCUGGUGAUUUGUCGCAGGCAUUACUGGCGUUUAUAACGGUAAAGGAGGAAACUAAGAUCAGUAGUAGGGAGAUCGAAGUUGCUUUACAAAAGAGAAUGCCACUUUACAUGCAACCGCAGGUUAUAAUCGUUAAUCACAUACCACUUUUAACGAACGGUAAAACCGAUCGUCAGAUGCUCUUCAAACAAUAUGAAUCAUCGAAUCUCGUUAAUGAGAACGACGAAAUCGCUAAUUGCGAUUAUACCGGUGUAUCAGAAGAAGAUCUUGCGAAAGCCAAAGUAUUGUUUCCCACCAUUGCAACCGUGAUUGGUGCGAGCAAUCGAGGAACAGUAAAUUUGGAGGGGAACUUUUACGAACUCGGUGGAAAUUCCUUGAAUUCUGUCUAUACCGUUACAAAAUUAAGGGAUCAAGGUUAUUCUAUUGGUAUAACGGAAUUUAUCACGGCUAAAACAUUGGCCGAUGUUUUAAGACUAUUGAAGACCAACACCAAGGAUGAUAAUUUGAAAGAGAACAUCGACGAGGAGCAACGAUAUUUCGAAAUGUUGAAUGAUUCACACAAAGAGAACGCGAUCAAGAUAAUCACAGAAAGUUUCUACUCGAAAGCCGAUUUAGAGCAAUGGUUGAUAGAUGACAUAAGCAGAGAGGAUUAUCAAAAAUUGAUGGAAAAGUUAUGGGAGCCAUUGAUCGAAAAAGAUUUAAGUUUCGUCGUAAAAUCAUCUCAAGACGAUCGAGUUAUCGGCGUUAGCUUGAAUUUCGAUCUAUGGGACGAGCCGGAAGUCGAGAUUGACUCAAAAUUAACGAUAGUCUUUGAUUUUCUCGAAUAUUUGGAGAAACCAAUUAGGGAGAAAAAAUUGCCGAAGGGAAAGGGACAGAUAAUACAUAAUUUUAUGAUGGCGACGCAUUCCGAUUUAGCGCCAGCGGAAAAUGUUAUAAUUAUAGGAGAAAUGGAAGAAUAUUGUUUGAGAGUUGCCAGGAAGAAGGAAUACGGUGGUAUAUUCACGACGAAUACGAGCCCCUUGACGCAGCAACUUGCUAUAGACGUAUAUGCGUAUGAAACGAUGUUGACCUAUCGAGUGAACGAGUAUAUAGCACCGGAUGAUUCAAAGCCAUUCGGUAGGGCACCAGACUCUCAAGUGGCAAUUUGCUCAUUGAAAAUGAUCGACUAAAAAGAUUGUUGCAAUUUAUUGCGUGUAAAUAGCUUAGAACUGCCCCUGUACGUGUACAAGCGACAUCUUGCAGAGAUUGUCAUUACUUCUUCAUGAAAUCUCACUUAUAUUUUUCGGUUAAUAUUUUUAAAUAAACGAAUAAAUAAAUAUACAUAUACAUAAAAAGAUCGCGGACAAGAAAUAAUUAUGACAAAUGGGCAUCACAUUAAUUGUUAAGAUUAUGGAAAGAAAAAGGAAAAGAAAAAAAAAAGAAAAAGAAAUAGAUAACGUCUGUGAUCAAAUUAGUUUGAACUUAAUUUUGUCAUAACCAAAAAAUUAUUUUUACGAUCAAUUUUCUUUCAUUGGCAAAAUUUCUUAUCAAAUGUUAAUACGCAAAAUAUCGCUCUUAAUCUGUACACGAAUAUGUAUAUAUCUAUAUGUAUCUCUAAUGAAUGAAUUUGUCAUUUCUUUUUCUUUUUUUUCAAAUUGACGAACAUAUAUGAUAAUUUUUCUAGACGCUAGAUAUAGAGAUUAAAUUAUUGUAUCUUAUUUAAAUAUGUAAUAAAAGAAAAAAAUCA